CAGUACGGUCAGUGACCCGGCCCGUGGCGUGUGCCCCGCGGCGCAGUCCGCACACUCAGUUGGCGGAGGGCGGGGUCGCGGUCGGUCGCGCGGGUGGAGGGGCUGACGCUUGGGCUGCCCAGUCGCGGAUGUUUUAAACAUUGUUAUUUUAAUUUAGGCUGGAAGGGCAACAUUGCUGGAAAGCUGGAAGGCGUCACUCUACGGUAGCGACUCCCACAAGAAGCACUACUGGCGUCGCCAUGCCUAGAAGAGGGCACCAGCAAAGGAGAAAAAACGUCAAAGAAGAUGCCUCCAGACAGUCGUGCAAAAAUGACAAUCGAGGCGGCCGUCCUGGAGCCGGCGGGAGUAAACAAGCUGUUUGUCAGGAUGACUUCGAUGCCGCUAUUCCUGCACUCAUCGAUGUGUUUCACUACCAGCCGGGCUCGGAUGUCACCGACUACCACCUGUUCCAGAGGAUGAGAUUCUACGUGCUGCCGAAUCAUUCGUUACGUCGGCGGACGCAGCUCGGUUUCGUAAGAGUUUACGACAUGUUUCGCGGUGCGGUGCCACCAAACCAUCCAAUCGAACUGAGCUGUGGCGUCCUGGUGCACAUGCAAGAGGGACUGGACAUAGAUGGGCCUGUACAGCGGUUUCCCAGUCAGUCUGUGGUGCGGCGCGCUCUCGACGCGGGCAGGUUUCUGCGCUGUUUGGACUUCAGAGAGUACCUGCACACCAUGUGGCUGUCCGAGUGCGCCUUCUGGGACGUACAGGCGAAAUUAGUUCGGUCGUCGCCGAUGCGGCAAACGCUCCGCGCCAUGUUCGAGUCUGUGGUCGAGCCGGUUCGUCAGCUGGACUUUGGUGAAAUGUGUGAGCGGCUGGCGCUGUCAGGUCAGUCGUACGCCGAGGACGCCGGCCAGCGGUUCUCCCUGAUCAUCGCGCCGCGCCUGCCGGCCGCCGCCGCCGCGCAGCUCUACGAGAAGCUGCACCGGGUGCUGGAGCGGGCCUUCGACCUGUUCCUGGUCGGCAGCGAGGCGGUGGAGCUGCAGGAACCGACGGCUUACUACGACUCUACCAGCUCAGAGGACGAAGAGUGGACUUCCUCCACGCAAAUGAAACUCUCAGCAUCUACAGAGGACAUCAUAGCUAAGAGCUCGUCUCGCGGACCGCGCGGCUGUCAGCUGGACUCCUGUGACGGGGGCAGUGUCGGCUGUGACCUGAGCCUCAGCUCGCGGUCCUCCUGGACGGAUCCCUGGGAGGAGCCGCUGCCGCUCUCUGCCGACGAGGACGACCCGGCGCUCUCCAUGCUGCUGGUACGCAGUCUGGUGACCCCCGAGGCUGGGUCACCGGUCCGACACAGCUCUCGCCGGGUGCGGAUCAGGAACGCUCUGGAGGGCGGUGCCUCUGCGCUCAGCCAGGUUCUUCGACAAAUCGACAACUGGGAGAGGGAAGAGCUGAGCACUAGGAGCCUUGAUGGUCAGAGGGGUGAAGAUAGAAGGCUGAUGGAGAUGAGCAAAGGGGAAAAAGACAUCAGCAGUGGGAGCUCAAAAUCUCGUGAAGGCGUCCGGGAGCUCCUUUCAGCAAAGGAAACCGCAUCUGUGAGCAGUUUCACCACAGCGUCAGCGGCGGAAGAUCAGCUAGAAAAUCUGCCCAAAUACGCCAAACCUCACAAUUCACAAGAGCCCGCGACGAAGGUCGAGCGCAGAUUGUCACGGCAAGUGCUACUGCUGAGCGAUGAAAAUCGAAUCGAAUCAUCGAAUUCGUCUUCAAGCAUUGUGGGUGAGGGUUCAGACAGGCAUGCCCUCGCCGCAGACCAGACGACGCCCAAACGAGUGUCAUCGAAAGACUGCAAUGGGGAGCAAGGGAGUCAGGGCUCUGAGUGUGAGGAACUGCAAAAGCCAGUCGGCGCUCAUAGACCUCAUUCAGACGCUGACAAUGAAGACGACGUGGUCGAUAACUGGCACUUCGUUCAAAGCUUUAUCAGGUCUGGGACGAUGCAGCCAAAUCGUUCACAGGAAUGUCCCGCGCUGAUCGACAUGCAAGAAGGAAAAUCCAAUGGACUUCAAACCAACGAUGUCACUGUCUGGUCCAGAUGUGACGGAGGUACUGAUCAACUUGACAAAGUGAGCGCGCCGAAACAACCACAAAGCCUCGAGUCUAGCCGCAAAACUGAGGAGAGGCGUAACACAAAUGCCGAGAGAAUCUCUGACAACAGCACUGUGAGCAAGGAAGACCACGCUGAAUCUGAGAGUUUGGGGCUGGAAGAGCAGCAGAGUGGCAUCGGAAAAGAAGACGCCAAGCAAAUCAAAACAGGGAAGUCGAGAAAUAAACACAGGAGAAGAAAAGCUGCGAAACGAAGGACAGCAGUGAAUGGGGAUGAACAGAACCUAUCCUCGAGAAAGGCCGAUGGCAUUGCCUGCUCUUCCGUCACGGACAAAAGGGACACGCCGAAAGCCGUCUUGGAGGACCCCGCAGCGGUGCCCACACAAAGACGCGCAACUGUCUUCGGUAUCAAUGUGAGCACACGGAACGAGGUGUUGCAAAUAUAUGUACCCGAGGAAUCAGUAGAUGAGGUUGGUGUUGAUGCGGUUGAAGAGCUCGACAAGGAAACAGAACAAGGGGCGGCAAACCUCGUUGCAAAGAAGAAGCAAAUCGCUAAACAAAGCGUUGGCAAAAACACGAAAACCUCAGAACAGCAUCCUACGUCUUUACAGCUUCAACAAAGACUUCCGAAGCCAAGAGAUGAUCAUGUCGAUGGUUUUCAGGAAGAACAGAUUCCAGCGCUGACUCGGACGCCCCAAGUAGAAUCAACUCUUCUGACAACCGUCUCCAAUGAGAACCGAUGUGUUCUGAAGAACUGCUCACGAGAGACGCCCUACCAGCCCAGACUGAAGAAAGCAGAUGCUGUGCCGUCCCUGCUUUCCCUGGCUAACAGUGCAUGCAUUGCCUCCGUGCUUGACAAAACAGCAUCACGUGAGAAGUUUGGUACACCAGUACUGGAUCAGCCUCAAAGGGCAAAAGAUGUGCUGCGCUUGACUCAGCGGAGUGAAUCCUCGACCGACGAACCACGAUCCCACUCUCCAGUAGAAGCGGAUAUGAGCAAAGUUAGCCCAACAGCCGACACUAAAGAGACCAUUGUGAUACUGAAGGCAGCCCUGAAGUCGAAGGAUCACUCGGAACGAAUCACCGCUCAUGCUCUCCUGCUCGCGAUCGGUGAAGAUGUAGACCCACAGGAGCCUUCGAUUACAGAAAGAAGUACUCCUGCAUCCAAUGCUGGCAGUGGUUUGGAUCUGCUUUCAGCGGCAUCGCAGCUGAUGCCUAAACUUGUAAACAUCGAAAAUCAUGACCCGGUAGUGAUCUCGAAUGGAGAUAUGGUCACGUCUCAAAAGAGCACAGACAGUGGCAGCACCGAUUCGCUCACUGGAGAGCAGACUGGAAACGAAUCUGGAGAGGGUAAGGACAGGAAAGAUGAGAGUGUUGAGGAACAGCUUGCUGGAAAGGCAGCUACGGGACGAACGGUCUAAGGACGAUUGGGGAGACCGCCGGAAACAGAAUUAAAAAGGGCUGCAUUUUAGGCUAUAUAAUUGUCGAGAGAGGUUCACUCUUUCAUCGGUCGGACUCUUCGGUCCAAGAAAGGCUUUGAGAAGCGGUGGCUGGCUCUGCAAACUGUAUUAUGUUGAAAACUCUUAGUGACCUGACCAUGUAAGAGUCAAAUGAAGUGUUGAAAAAAAUCCAAAUUUCAUUUUUUUUUAGCCGGUAGGUAUAUGGUCAACAGCGGCGUGAGCAGAGAUUAUUGUAAGCGGCGGCCUGUUCUGUUUGUUUCGCUGCAAAAGGCCAACGAAUAGCAUGCACUAGGAACUGCUUUCAGAUGGUGGUACAAGCUUGUGAAUGUGAGUGGGAUCAUUUAAUUUAUUUGUUUUAUUGCUGACUCUGCGACAUGAAACUGCGUUCCGUGCUCCAUGAUGCUGUUUGUUAUCUUUCGUGACGACAUGCUCUCAUCGAAUGUUACUGUUCAUCGAUUGUUGGUCAGGAUGGAAGGUGCAUAAUAUUCUAGAAAUCUCAUCGCAACCUCAUAUAUCGCAAUCGCAAUAUCAAAUUGGUUAAGUUUCUGUGCAAUUGAUUAUCGAUGUAAUUCAAUUUCGAGACAUUUUUGAAGUUUCGUAUAAUUAAUGACUCAUCAAUCAGAGACGUUUGUCUGCUUUUCUGUGGGAUGAGAACGUGCGCUCUGCGCAUAUGUGAUGCAUUGAUGUAUAUGCAGUAGGUGGCAUGUGUGCACUGUGCAGACAUAAUCGUAUAGAUGUGUGCAAUACAAAUGCCAUUGACACGAA